UUUAUAGUGAAUGAGUUGGUGUUGUUGAGGUGUUUCUUAUGUUGUUUCUCAACAGUCACUUUGGAAAAAGACCAGCAGCAGACCAGAUACGACAAACUGAACAAGAACUACAGCGAGCAGCAGGGACAACUUUUAGGGAAGUGUUGUCCUGAAGGAUGGAAGAGAUUUGGAUUCAGCUGUUACUUUAAAUUCAAUGAGGAGAAAACUUGGUCUGACAGCAGAAGUGACUGUCAAAGGAAAGGAGCACAUCUGGUGAUCAUAAACAACAAAGAGGAACAGAAAUGUGUCACUGAGCUGAACAAGGAUGGAGACUCCUGGAUUGGUCUACAGUUCACACAACAAACAGGAUGGAAAUGGGUGGACGACUCACCGCUGACACUAAAGUUCUGGGCAUCAGGACACCCGCACAACAACUAUUAUUACACUGCAGCAUGCUGCGAUAAACAAGGAAAUUGGACAACGAGCAGAUAUAAUGAUCAGAAGAAGAACUGGAUCUGUGAGAAAGAGCUUUCCUGUUUAUCUUGAGGACAGAGGGGUGUGUAGUGUUGGGAUCAACUUUGUCAAAUCAGACCAACUCACAUUUUACAUUUCUUCAGUUGUUCAUUCUGUGUUGCAUCCUGAACAACCUGGAUUACAUAGAUAUUGUUCCUCUGCCCUACACAGUGAACAGUCUGGUUGGAAGUCAUCCACACAACUACAUGUGCACUUACCCUCUCUGCAGAGAGGGAUAUUACAACAGCCUGUUUUCAAAAA